UCUUUAGCCAAUCAGCACUGAAAUCUACAAUCUACCCUGCAAGUAUAACUUACACGUUUUCACUGAUAAUUCCUUGUGGACUUUAUAUCCUUCAUAAGUAUGUCUGGACGCGGCAAGCAGGGAGGCAAGGCUCGCGCCAAGGCCAAGACCCGCUCCUCCCGCGCCGGCCUGCAGUUCCCCGUGGGCCGCGUGCACCGGCUGCUCCGCAAGGGCAACUACUCGGAGCGCGUGGGCGCCGGCGCCCCGGUGUACCUGGCGGCCGUGCUGGAGUACCUGACGGCCGAGAUCCUGGAGCUGGCGGGCAACGCGGCCCGCGACAACAAGAAGACGCGCAUCAUCCCGCGCCACCUGCAGCUGGCCAUCCGCAACGACGAGGAGCUCAACAAGCUGCUGGGCCGCGUCACCAUCGCGCAGGGCGGCGUCCUGCCCAACAUCCAGGCCGUGCUGCUGCCCAAGAAGACCGAGAGCCACCACAAGACGACCAAGGGAAAGUAAGAUCAGUCUUCCUAUGAAGACUGAGUAUAGAACAAAGGCUCUUUUCAGAGCCAUCCACUUAGUUUAGAAAAGUGCUGAAAUACUUACUGUAAACCUUAUGUUCAAGUAUACUUUAGCCCCAUUUUUAAAAGCUGAAAUUUCUCCCUAACAUUCAAUAGCAUGAGCGAACUAAACGUGUCAAUUGUCCUAUACCCUUUACAAUGGAGAUCAUCUUACCUACAAGGACAUUGUUCUCUAUUUGUGUGCAUAUGAACAAGACCAUCAUGAGAUUGGCUUUCUGCCAAACAGUAACAAGGAUGGAUUGCCGUGAAACACCAGAAUUGUUAUAAUUUGGCAACAUGUUUAAAAUCUUAUGUUUAUGUGCACAUAAUAUUCUGACAUAGAUUAGGUAAAAUGAGCCAAAAAUAUUAAAAAAAAAAAAAGAAAACGCUCUUUUCGUUAUUCUAUGGGAAAUGAUAAUUGUGCUUUGAAAUGAAACAAAAUGUCAAUAGUCAGGAUCUUUCAAGUGAGAGUCUCAAAACACCAAUUGGGGGUGGGGACUUGACAAACUAACCAUGAUCCCCUAAAAUAUUUCUGAAGAGUAUCAGCAAACCUUUCAGACUAAACUUUAAUAUUAUAAUGAAAGGAAGCACAUUCCAUGUUGACUUUAACUCCAAUUUUCAAAUAUUUCUCAACAGCAGUGAGAGCUCCUCGAUGUGGAGCGUUCCUUUCUUGUCCUCAGAGGGGAAAUCUGCCUUUUCUGCUUCCCUCAGGCAAACCUUGAAAGUGAUACAUAAGAGUUGGGGUGGAGGGCUACUGUUCGAUUUCCAGAGCUAAGCAACCUGAAAAUACCAGAGCCAUCCAUUGUUGCCACCUCUUUGCCCUCAGUCAAGUCAGUGGCGUACUUCUUUAAUUCAUUGUUUUCACUGGAUAUAAUUAAGGUAGAAUAAGAAGAUGGUGCCCUCAGCUUUACCUCCCUGAUCUUCAUAGAGCUCUCUUAUUGAGGUGUGUCAACAUAGUUGAUCAAGGACUGUCCAAUUGUCAAACUACAGAGAAAAUAUUAGAGCAUCAUUAAGAUGAUGUAGGAACUACUCUCAGGAUGAAAAAGUGUCCUAGCCUCACCCAUGGUCAUUAUUUACAAAAAUUAUUUUCUAACUAUUAUUCGUGUUUUAAUCUUGACUAUGUAUUUCUUCGUCACUUCUAGGCCUGUAAAUUCAAAGGCAACGUUAUAAUUGAUUUUUAAAGUAGGAAUCAAAGAAUAUAUUUAAUUAAUUUGUUCUCAAAGUAAUAUUAAUAUGCCUUCCCAGUGACAGAUCACUCUGUACAUUUAGAGAGUAUUAAGGGCAAGGAGGAUCUCUUUAAUAUAUAUAGCACUUGUCCAGCUAUUGCUAACGAUGCUGACAAAGAAUAAAAGAAUUUCCUAACUUACAUGCACUUUAGAUGUAUGCAUCCCACAUACAUUGUCAUCCUUACAUUGCUUUCAGAUCCCAGCCUCAGGUCACACUUUAAACAAUUUAAAAAGAGAAAGGAAAUCACAAGUCUGGUCACUUGGGUAGUGAAAAAAUGUACAACAAAUCUAUUGUCAGAAUUACUUCUUCUAAGUAAGGUAACACAGUCUCAAAAGAUCAACCAAGGUAUGCACUCGCUGAUAAGUGGAUAUUAGCCUAGAAACUUUGAAUACCCAAGACAUAAUCCACAUAUUAAAUGAUGUCCAAAAAGAAUGGAGGAGUGGCCCCUGGUUCUGGAAAGACUCAAUGCAACAGUACAGGGGAAUUCCAGAACAGGGAAGUGGGAAGGGGUAGAUGGAGGAACAGGGGGAGGGAAGA